GCGUCGGAGGAGGGGGGCGCAGUCGCAAUGACCGGCGCCCCCUUCCCGCUCGACGAGUGACCGGCCUCCUGGGAUUCUCUCUUUGCAGCCGCAGACCAAACUUUGGCUGUUCCGCACCAUUUCAAGUCAAAAGUAAUAUGUAGCCUUGCGUUUAACCUAAUUGGGGGCUCUUCUUAAGAGGAGAAACAGUUACGAUGGGUCGGUUGGGCUCCUCCUCAGGGAAGUCCCUACAUUGUCUUCUCACCUUUGACUUGGAAGGGGUCAGUGCAGGCCCUCCUCCUCCUGCUUCCCACGAAGACCCUCCUGGGAGACCGGUAGGGACCCUGGGGAGCCACUUGUCUGGCCUACUUGGAUUUACAGCCCUGACCACAGUGCCACCAAGCUGCCGCUCCUCUGUCACUCAUCCAUCCCUCAUCCUACGCCUCCUUCCACCCACCGGUCGAUCCUUCCAUCCAUCAUCCACCCAUCUACCCACCCAUCCAUCAAUCCAUCAUCCAUUCGUCCAUCCUUUUAUCCACCCACAUCUGUCCAUGUUUCUGGGUUUUCUCCCUAAUCUGCAUUCCUUGUAGAGCGAGGAGUGGGUGGUGAGUGUUAGCGAUGGAACACUUGAAUUUCAUCCUAGGUCCUUGUAGCAGAACUGGGAUUUGCAGUGCUAUACUGCCUUCCAGAAAUGGCCCGGCCAGGGGCACCUUUCUCUGGAACCCCCGAGGGCAGGGCUGCCUCCCUGUAGUAAGCUGCGUGCCUGUGAGUGUUCAGUUUGGGUUCUUUUCCUUUGUGUCUCAAUUUUAAUUGCUUUGAAAAGGAAUGUUAAGGAUAUUUUGCAAUAGCUUCUCUGCUCCCUACUGUAGGAGACCCAGCUUCUCUCUAAGCUGGUCAAGGGGGUAUCAGGGAGCAAGAGAUGCCAGCCUUGGGUGGUCUAAAGCUGGUGCUCUGUCUGCUUCUCCUGCAGGCUGGCCUAAGCUGCCCAGUCCAGUGGAGACAGACAUCAGGGAGGGGAGCAGGAUGUGGGGGGAGGAGGGCUCCCAGACCCUGGCUGCUAAGGGAGCUGUCUUCAGCGGGCUCCUUGUUCCGCCCCAUCCUGCUGCAGUCAGAGGACUAGGAAAAGUACCAGGCACUCACUUCCACAAGUCAGAGGCAAGCUCAGCUCUCCGUUUUCAAAAGCUUAUUGUCCCCAAAGCAGGAUUACCAGGAAAAGCAUCCACCAGGUAACUGUUUGCUGGGAGAAGCUGUGGUCCAAGUAGAGGGUUUUCCUCUGCUGGAAAUGGCCGUGUUUCCUCUUGUGGGGCCCUGUGUUGCUUACACAGAACAGCCAGACUGAGUUUACUGUUCUGUUAAAAUGAGGCAAAGAAGAUACUGUCCGCUUACAAAAUUAAGUUAAAUAUUCUGUGAACUUCCUACAUACAAUUGCUCUUUAUUUUCAAGUUUCACCAUGUUUUAUAAUUAAAGUUGAAAUUCAGAAUAAAAAAAUCAGUUACGACCUUUUUUUUUUUUUCUUUUUUUUGGAGAGAGAGAAUGGCAGGUUUUGUCUUGGAAGGAGGGCUGGAAGUUUCCCUCAACUUGCUAGUAGAACAUAUUCCCAGGCAGAGAAGGUUUGUGUAUUGUAUUCCAAGUAACAGAAGUACUUGAGGGAAUUCCCUGGCGGUCCAGUGGUUAGGACUGUGUGCUUUCACUGCCGUGGGCCCGGGUUCAGUCCCUAGUUGGGGAACUAAGAUCCCACAAGCUGCACGGCACAGCCGAAAACAAAAGUACUUGAAAUCAGCUUUUUCGUGCUAGCUUUUGAAAGCUGCAGACAGGCAAUAGUGGAGGGGUGACCGCCACACAGCUUAGAGGUGCCUUCUCAAAAUUUAGCUUUGCUUGCUCCGUCUUCAGUUUUCUUUGAUGAGUAUUUCAAAGCCAAAUAGUGAGACAGAAACUGAGAGUGUUCAUGUUGAUUUGCCUUAAAAACCUGAAACUCACGAGAGUGCUUGGCCGUGGCUGAAGGUCAUGGUGACGAGUCUGUCCCCAGUGCCCCCACAGCCCUGCUGCUCUGGAUCUGGGGAUCUGCAUUCUCCACCGGCUGUGGGGAUGGUGGCCACGUGGCGUGAGAGCUGCUCAGGAAUGGGGACCUGGCUGUGACUGGGGUCUCUGCUGGGAGUGCUCGGGGUGGGCGGGCACAGUGUCCGUGUCCGUCCCCCCCCCCCGCCCCCGCUUCACCACCACGUGGAACUCGUGGCCUGUCUGUCCCGCCUGCGCCUGGUCUGGAGGAGGCGACGGGGGUCAACCCUGGCGGGCCGGCUGUCCAGGGAUGUUGGAGGGUUUUGUGUGGAACGUGCUAACUGAGGACUCAGCGGGCCUCGGGUGUUUAACCAGCUACGUGGCGAGACCUUCCAGCCGACUGUGGAGGUGACGGAGGUGGGUAAUGCCUAACAUUUUUUUGCUCAGCACUCAGCGGUGAGUCAGGCUGUGCGGUUAGGACAGCCUCAGAGGCGUAGGGCCUUGUGUCACCCCGUGUUAGAAGGGUUCAGUGCCCUCAGGCCACAGUCACUGCUGGGCAGGGAGCUGUGCUUCACCAGGCCAGCCUAGGGGUUCUGGGUCCCUACCUCUGCCCUGAGCAUCUCUCAGGGUCCCUUCCGAACCAUGCUGUGUUCUGACUUUGUCCCAAACACAGUGGUCUGAGGAGGGGGAACCCUCGCAGGCCACCUUCUGAGAUCGUCGUGACCCCACCCACUCACCCAGCCUCUGGGCGGUGGGGCGCUGCCCAUGGGCUGCUCCCUUCCGUAGAUGUGAGUCGGCCAGCAUCUUUUGUGGAGCGUGGCACGAAUUAACAGUUGCUUAGGCUUUGGAACAUUUGCGGGGAAUAAUUUGGGCUGACUUUGAGCCUGUAUGUGUUCUGGCCUGCCUGUGGGGGCGCGGCGGGGGGCAGUAUCUAAAGUGUUUUAGGUUUAAUGUGGUAACCACCCCCGUCACAUUGGUUAUUGAUGCAUUUUUGUUUAUUAUGAAGGUAUAAUUUGAUGCAAUGAAAUGAACAGAUGUUAGUUGUGCAGUUCAGUGAAUUCUGACAAAUGCAUCUUCUCGUGUGACCCAGGCGCCCAUCUGGAGGGGGCUGUAUUCCCACCAUCCCAGGGAGUUCCCGCCAGUCGUGACUCGUCAGUGGCAACAACUUGGGUUAGCUUUGCCUGUUCAUCCACAGGAGGUGAGAGCUGCGACGCUGAAAGGAGAUUCAGAGGCCGGGGGACCUUCUUCUGUCCGUUUAAGGCUGUGGCUGGUGGGGCUCGGGGGCAGGUGGGGACGGGGCUGCUGCUUCCUUCACCACAGAGCUUCCCAUCAGCAGGUCAGCACAGGCGCUGCCACCUGGUCCCAGAGCCCCUGGCCACACCACAGUCAUAGGCCAGCAGCAGCCACAGGAAGCUACAGGAUUGUUCUGUUUUUUGAAGAAGGAAAUCCAAAAAUUUGCAUAGUUAAAAGAUUCUAACCCUCUUGGGACUUUCCUGGUGGCACAGUGGUUAGGAAUCCGCCUGCCAAUGCAGGGGACACGGAGUCGAGACCUGGUCCAGGAAGAUCCCACAUGCUGCGGAGCAACUAAGCCCAUGCGCCACAACUACUGAGCCUGUGCUCUAGAGCCUGCGAGCCACAACUGCUAAGCCUGCGAGCCACAACUACUGAAGCCCGUGCACCAGCCCAUGCACCUAGAGCCCGUGCUCCGCAACAAGAGAAGCCCCUGCGAUGAGGAGCCCGCGCACCGCAACGAAGAGUAGCCCCCGCUCGCCACCCAGCAACGAAGACCCAAUGCAGCCAUAAAUAAACAAAUUUAUUAAAAAAAAAUUCUAACCCUCUUGAUGAAUAACUCAAAUGGAUUAUCUGAAAUAAAAAUGUUUAUCUACUUUAUGAACUUGAAGAGAGAGACAGUUCGUGCGUUAUAGCUUAACUUUGUGCUUGGAAGGACAGACCUUGCCAGAGUGUUUGCCGGGGGAACGCUGCCCCUUCUUGCUCUCUUUUUAAUUCCCCAAAGGUCUCCCAACUUAGAGUCUGUUCAGAGGGACAGCUUCCUUGUAUUUUUGCCUCUGGGAGCAGGGGUGCAGCGAGCUGGCUGCGUCCGGUCAGCAUCGGUCCGGGUGAGGCCCAGGAACCAGCCAGCAUCUUCAUGUCGUGGCGCUGGUACGGAGUCCACUUGGUGAUGCCGCCUGGGUGGAUGUAGGCUGCCCCAAGCCCUGGGCACGAUGUUUGCGCGAGGGCUGAAGAGGAAGUGCGCGGAAGACGAGGAGGCCGCACCUGCGUACAGUCUGCAGCGCCAGUCGCUCCUGGACAUGUCACUGGUCAAGCUCCAGCUGUGCCACAUGCUGGUGGAGCCCAACCUGUGCCGUUCGGUCCUCAUCGCCAACACGGUCCGGCAGAUUCAAGAGGAGAUGACCCAGGACGGGAGCUGGUGCGUGCCGGUGCCCCAGACUGCGGGGCGGGCGUCGCGCGACCGCCUGGUGUCCACGGAGAUCCUGUGCCGCUCAGCGCGCGAGGGGGCGCGCCCGGCCCCUGACCCUGGAGACCCGGCCUCUGAGCUCCAAGUGGUCCCAGCAGCACAGGCUCCCGGGGUCCCUCCUAGUGGCGUUUGGGACGGGGACGGUCCUCGAGAAAACAGAGGAAGCUUUCACAAGUCGCUCGAUCAGAUAUUUGAAACACUGGAGAGUCAAAGCCCCGGUGCGGUGGAGGAGCUGUUUUCCGACGUGGAUGGCUCCUACUACGACCUGGACGCUGUGCUGACCGGCAUGGUGGGUGGUGCCAAGUCGGGCCAGGACGGGCUGGAGGCCUUCGCCUCCACGGCCGCCCCGCCCCCCAGCGCCGGCUGCAAGUCGGACCUGGGCGAGCUGGACCACGUGGUGGAGAUCCUGGUGGAGACCUGAGCCGCGGCCGCGGCACACAGCAGAUGUGUUUGUGAGGCCCAUGAAAACAGCCGGCGCGCUGGGGGUGUGGGUGCCUGCUGCCCUGCACCUGGGGCUGGCCUCUGGUUUGUCUGCGAUUAGGAGACCAGCCCAGAACAGCAUCCGGUCCGCCCGCUCCCCCCCUCUCUCCCUCCCUUCCAGGGCUGGGCUGCUUUCCCGCAGGCCGGUCAUCGCAGCCGCCCUGGGCCCUCGUCUGUGUCCUGCUACAGCCCCGCUGGAGGAUGCCAGCCCCCUUCCGCAUCCAGCCUCAUUCUACUUUAGAUAGGGGAAUUUUCUAAAAUUAAGUUUUAUACGUUUUGGGCAAUAUUUUGUCUUAAGAUAUAUUUUUGAACUUUUUAUACUUUUAUCACUUUAGAUUUUUUUAGCUAUUUUCUUAAAAAUAUAUUUUUUCUAUAAACAUCCUCUGCUGCUACAUUAGAAACUUUUAUAACCUAAACAGUUGCAGUUGGUGUAUUUCAUUUUUUUUAAGGUUUAACACACACUGUUCUUUUUCCAACAAGCAUCACUGCCCUGAGUCUGCAGUGUCCACACAUUGUGAUUUCCGCUUUCGACUCGGGUGUGAGCCUUGCCCGUACGCGCUGGUGCGGUCAGAGCGAGGUCAGAGUUGAAGGCCUUGCACGGCGGUGCCUUCACCAGAUCUGCUGUGCGAGACACGUCUCUGUUAGAGGGUUUUAUUUAUGCCUAUUUAUGUAUAAGUGUUUUCAGAGCCGACGGUCAAGUACGGUCUACGUGGGGAUCAUGCGUGCCCUGAGGUGUCUUGGGCGGUGCCUCCAGAGGGUCUGAGACUCUGGGACCCUUCCUGUGCGGGUUCCCAGCACAGCUGACCUUCCUCCCAAAGCUGCUGCCCUCCGCGUGCCCCUGCCUGGCCGGGCUGCCCGACCCGCGUCAGCUGGGCCCGUGCGCCAGCAUGUUUGGGGAAGGCGCGUGUCCAUGCACCACUGGAUUGGAGAAUGGUGGCAUAAAUUUAAGUCUAGGGUUAAAGAAGUCUGUACACAUGUCAUCUGUGGGCCUCGAUCUUGAGGGUCGUUGACGGUGGGGGUUGGCUGGGUGGUGUGUGUGCCCUGUGACCCUGCCCCAGGCACCGAGACCGCCCGCGACUUUUAGAUCUUUUUCACUUGUUUACAAGUGAGACUGUAUUCUCUCCGCACGCCCACCCCACGUUUCCCAUUUCUCGAGCUUUUUCUUCCUUCUCCAGCCCUUAGCCAAAAAGGGUUGUUUUCGUUUGCGCAUAUGCCAUUCUUAGUAUCAGUGGUGUGCACCUCAUUUUAUUAAAAAAUUAUCCAACAAAGUGGAAAUGUGUUGUCAAUUAUCUACCAUGUUGUAGUCCUCGAGUUGGUCUUUUUACCCUAGUUGAGCUCAGCCAGGUUACCUAAGGGAGACCGUGGGGUUGCGAAGAGAUUCCACGUGGGUUUGUUGACAGGCAGGCUGUGGGACGUCUUCAUCACCUGACCUCGCAGGGCUCUGAGGCAACUCUCCCCACCCCAGCUCUUGUGGCAGAAGCCAGGUGAGGGACAGCGCCCUUGGAUUGGGCCGAUGUGGGAGCCCAGCCCGGUCAGGAAGCUGUGGGUGAGAGGCAGGCUGUGGCUCUCAACAUCCAGGGGUUGCUUCCUUCCGCGUUUGAAAGUAUUUCCUUGUGGAAAGUAGCUUAAGUGUGUGUUUUAUAAGCAGCAAACCUAUAGCGGUAUUUUGUGUCUUUAUGGCAUUUCUAGCUUUUUAAAACAUUUGCUCAGUUUCAGGGCAGCUACGGUGUCUUAUCUGGCAGUCUUCCGCAGUAGGACACAAACAGGGCUCAGGGUGGGGAGCGGACAGCGCCUAUAGCCAGGUCCCCCUCCCCUGAGAGGCUGAGGCCCAGCCUCCUUUCUGCCCCUGUAGUGACCCCUCCUUCCUCCCUUUGCUCUUCGGGUUCCUUCCCAGCCACCCACUCUCAUUUCGGCAGCUCCCUUGAGGUGCUGAUGGCCUAGACGUCCCGGGCAGGGCGAGGUGGGGCCCUGCUGGACACCGAUUCCCCUGGAAGCAUCAGAGUUUCUCCAGAGAGGAGCGGAGGCAGGUGGCCAGUUACUGACGAUGGAUUUGAAUUGAAUAUGGAAGUGGGGGGUGGGGCGGGGCUUUAAACUCCCGUGUGCGAGUGGUCACGUGUUUGUAAACUGCAAAAGGAAGGCUGCUGCCUUCACCCCACCACCUCUCCUGGGCUGGUCCUGGGCUCUGGGUAGGGAAGCUGGGUUUGUGGGGAGCGAGUUACGGUGCGUGUUCGCAGUUGCUUCUGAGCCCAGCUGAGCUCUGGCCAGCGCCUCCCCCCGCCCCGCCUCCAUGUCCCGGGAGCACGUGGAGGGAGGGGCCGGCCCUCGAAAGGAAAGACUCUGGAGGGGUUCCCAGCCCUGAGGACAGUUCAAGGUACAAGCCUUGGCCAGUGGCAAGUCCUCACACUGAAACUUCUGAACCGUCGCUAAUAAACAGUCGAGUUACCUUUAUGGGCAGUACAUGAUUAGAGAUUAUCACACGAGAAGGUGAUUAAAAAGCUCGUAGGCGAUGCAGGUUGAAGUACUGAGAUGUGUCAGGCAGUGAUUAAUCCCAGUUCUGUUACUCUUCUGGAGUUACGGAUUCCACUCUAAGCACUGCUGGCGUUGCCUCCCUCCAUAUCUUGAUGUUGUAUUUUCCUUGUCAUUCAUUUUUAGAAUAAAUAAUAUCACGUGUC